AUGAGCAGCGGGCUCAACUUCACCAGCUUCUACGCCACCUGGUUCGACCACCUCCGCCACCUCAUCCACCAGCUCUCCUCCACCCCCACUGACCACCACCUCGUCCACACCAUCAUCUCACACUACUCCGAGUACUUCCGGGUCAAGUCCCUCGCCGCCGAGAAAGACCCUCUCUCCGUCUUCUCCGCCCCCUGGGCCACCUCCUUUGAACGCUCCCUUCAUUGGGUAGCUGGUUGGCGUCCCACCACUACUUUUCAUUUGAUUUACUCCCAGUCAACCAUUCUCUUUCACUCCCAGAUUGCCGAUAUUCUUCACUUUAAAUUUUGUGGUUGAAUUGAAAAGUUACCUUGAAGUUUUUUUUACUUGUUUCAACAUAUUUCGAUCAAGAGUCAUAUUCGAGGUUUCAUGCAGGUGGAGGAGGAGAAUGCGAUAAUGGAUGAGCUAUCGGAGUGGCAAGACGAGGAGAGCGAGCUGAUGCAGAGGAGGGUGGAGGCGUCGGGGAAGGGUGAAGGUCUGGUUAGCAUUAUAAAGAAAGCGGACGCUCUACGGCUGCGGACACUGCAGAAGGUGGUGGAGCUUCUCACGCCGAAGCAGGCGGUGGAGUUCCUCAUCGCCGCCGCCGAGCUCCAGUUUGGUGUUCGGGGGUGGGGGAUGAAUGAGGACCGUCAACGUGGCAAUCAUCCAGACACCUAA